AUAAAUAUCGCGUCCUGUUGCAACUAUUUCGAUCACACACCUCUGUUGGUCUUCUCAUAAGCUCUUCCCUCUUCGUUUGCAUCAGCUCACUUUCUCUUUCUUCAGAUCUACUACAAUGGUGAAGGAACCAGUUCGUGUACUCGUCACUGGUGCUGCAGGACAAAUUGGAUAUGCUCUUGUCCCCAUGAUUGCCAGAGGAGUGAUGCUGGGUGCUGACCAGCCGGUGAUCCUCCACAUGCUCGAUAUUCCUCCUGCUGCAGAGGCCCUGAACGGAGUGAAAAUGGAAUUGGUUGAUGCCGCUUUUCCUCUCCUUAAAGGUGUUGUUGCUACUACUGAUGUUGUUGAGGCUUGUACUGGAGUCAACAUUGCAAUCAUGGUUGGUGGGUUUCCUAGGAAAGAGGGCAUGGAAAGAAAAGAUGUGAUGUCAAAGAAUGUCUCCAUUUACAAGUCCCAAGCUUCUGCUCUAGAGAAGUAUGCUGCUGCAAACUGCAAGGUUUUGGUUGUUGCUAAUCCUGCCAACACAAAUGCAUUGAUCCUGAAGGAAUUUGCACCAUCUAUCCCUGAGAAGAACAUUACUUGCUUGACAAGGUUGGACCAUAACAGGGCCCUUGGUCAAAUCUCAGAGAGACUGAAUGUUCAAGUAUGUGACGUUAAAAAUGCUAUCAUUUGGGGAAAUCACUCCUCAACUCAAUAUCCUGAUGUCAACCAUGCAACUGUUAAGACACCAGCGGGAGAGAAGCCCGUCCGUGAGCUUGUGGCUGAUGAUGAGUGGUUGAAUGGAGAAUUCAUUAAGACUGUCCAACAGCGUGGUGCUGCAAUUAUCAAGGCUAGAAAGUUUUCUAGUGCAUUAUCUGCUGCUAGUUCUGCCUGUGAUCACAUACGUGACUGGGUCCUGGGAACUCCAGAGGGCACUUGGGUUUCUAUGGGUGUAUACUCUGAUGGCUCAUACAAUGUGCCAGCUGGGCUCAUUUAUUCCUUCCCAGUUACUUGCUGCAAUGGAGACUGGAAAAUUGUUCAAGGACUAUCAAUUGAUGAGUAUUCAAGGAAGAAGUUGGACUUGACUGCCGAAGAGCUCACUGAGGAAAAAACUCUGGCAUACUCUUGCCUCUCUUGAAUAUCUUGUUCCCUUUUAAACUGCUGAAACGAGUAGGCGUUGAGCUUUGUGUGUUAAUAGAAGUAGCUACUACAGCUUUGAAUAAUUCCAUUAUUUGGAUUCAUGAGGAAUGGGUAAUAAUGAUGGACGAUGGGCUGCUUCUAUAGAUCUGUACUCUUGGUGCAGUCUUUAUGAGGAUAUUUGAAUUUUGAACAAUUCUAUCAGGGGAUUGAAACCCUUUACUGGGUAUUUGAAUGAGAUUCAUAAUAGUAUGUGUUUUUUUAUUUU